AUGCGCCGUACCUCGCCAUUGCUGGAUUUCCCCGAAUUCUCCCUGUUAGAAUGUCCAGGCUGGCGCGAAUAUAGGGUGGAGAACCCGCGGCUGGUUCACACUGGAGCGCACACCCUAAGGAGGAUACUCCACUGGUAUUGGACAGAUGCCACUUUGCCGCUCCUAGCAGCCAUUCUCUGGCCUUCGGUCUCUAAGAAUCGUGUUGCUGUCGUGGGCCUUGUGUCUGCGGUGCUGAUAUACCUCUAUACCCGAUGCACGCAGGUUUUAUGGGAGUCCGUCGUCGUUCUCCCGUCUCUCGGGAUCCAGUUGGAGACACAUCAAGGGUUGCCGUCGCUCCCACUGUUCACCUCCCGUCGGUUCAUCCCGCUGUCGUCUUUGCAAGAUUUCGUCAUAAACGAAGGCUUGCGGCGAUGGGAUAUUCGUUACUAUCUGGUGGCAAUUCAGCGCUCUCAGAAUGGGGUCAUCAGCCUAGAAGUUGCGUAUGAGAAUCUUCUGCCUCGGUUUGCUGUACUCUUUGAGGUAUACCACGGCGUACAUGAGACCUUGCUCGGCGAUGGUUCGAAGCAGGAUGAGCAUGAGAAUGAAACAUAG